UCCAACCCGGAAAUGGCAUGAGCUAGGAAUUGACAGCACUCCCGAAGAUGGCGGGGGUGUUUGAGGUGGAGGUUGAUGGUGUAGAACACGAUCAUGGACUCGGACACCACGAUGAACCAAAUCAGGUCGACCUGUCCCAUCUGUCACCGGAGGAGAAGUGGAGGUUGGAGCAUGCCAGGAUGCAUGCGAAACACAAGGGCCAUGAGGCCAUGCACGCUGAGAUGGUGCUUAUCCUCAUUGUCACCCUGGUCAUCGCCCAGCUGGUCCUUGUGCAAUGGAAACAGAGGCACCCCAAGUCCUACAAUCUGGUGACUCUGUUCCAGAUGUGGGUGGUUCCUCUGUACUUCACCACCAAGCUUCACUGGUGGAGGUUUCUGGUCACGUGGUUAAUCUUCUCUGUGGUCACUGCAUACGUUACCUACCGUGCCACACGCAAGCCCCUGGAGUGCACCACGCCCAGGCUGGUCUACAAAUGGUUCCUCCUCCUCUACAAGAUCAGCUAUGCCACAGGGAUAGUGGGCUACACUGUCGUCAUGUUUACACUGUUUGGCAUCAAUUUGAUAUUUAGAAUAAAGCCAGAAGACGCAAUGGAUUUUGGUGUGUCCUUGCUGUUCUAUGGUCUGUACUAUGGGGUCCUGGGUAGGGACUUUGCCGAAAUGUGUGCAGACUUCAUGGCAUCAACAGUGGGGUACUACAGUGCGUCUGGAAUGCCCACCAAGCACCUCUCAGACAGUAUCUGCGCUGUGUGUGGCCAGCCCAUACUGGUUGACAUCAGCGAAGAGGGAAUCAUCGAGAACACCUACAGACUAUCCUGCAACCAUGUAUUCCAUGAGUUCUGCAUACGAGGAUGGUGCAUCGUGGGAAAGAAGCAGACAUGCCCGUACUGCAAAGAGAAGGUGGACCUGAAGAGGAUGUUCAGUAACCCCUGGGAGAGGCCUCAUGUCAUGUAUGGACAACUCCUGGACUGGCUCCGCUACCUUGUCGCUUGGCAACCAGUAAUCAUUGGACUUGUGCAAGGCAUCAACUACAUCCUGGGGCUGGAGUGACCUGGGAGAGUGGAGAGGGACACACAAGCCGUAUGGAGAUGGUAGAUACUGCACUGGCCUGACAGAGACUAGGAGGCCUCACCAUGGACUAUAAGAACAUCUAUUAUAAACUGUGUCUAUACAUGUACUAUUUGUAUAUAUUUAUAGGCACAUAGUAUCUGUAUUAAGAUUUAUUAGAAUUUUACUAGUAACCUGGGUUUGGAUGUCUGUUUUAUUGUAUUUUUGUUUAGUCAAUCACAACUUUUUAAACAAAUGCAGUGUACAUUUCAUCACUUAGUAAAAUGGUCCUCAGUUUUUUGAUGGAGAUGCUUUUUCAAAAAUCAUUUGUCUUAACUUUUGUUGUUGAUAUUUGUUGGUUUCUACGGUAAUGAGUGGUUAACACAGCCCAGAUGAGUGAGUGAAGCGUUGUAGAGUGCCAGUCUUCAUUUUGUGUGUUAAACCUGCACCUUUUGUUAGUGGAGGUCCUGGUUGAAUGUGGCUGCUGGGGUGAGGGUUUCUGGUCCCUCAGGAGCACUGAUCUCAAGACAGUGUGUCCUAUCCUACUACAGACUGCCAUCUCUUUAAGAGGGGAACUGCCCUUUCCAAUAUGUCCAUCUCACGCCUCUCUCAGACAGCCUCUCCUGUCUGUGUUCAGCCCAGAUGACUCAAGAAAUAGGUACUGUAAAAGACUGUAUGCAAAAAGGUGAAUAUAAUUUGAUCAUUUCGGUUGUCGGUUUACUUUUUUGGCAUGUUUUAGUUUUCUUGAUUGUCUGUUAUUAAACGUGAGACAGUCAAGAUCAGGUGGACAUUACUUCAUUUAGACCAGAUUCACUAGUAUAGAGUCAUGACCUGGGGGAUUUUGUGUAUCAUUUCCAGAAUAUUAUACUUCCUAUCCCGUUAAGAUGCAAUAUAGUUCUCGUCGUAUAAAGAAACAUACCAGACUGAUGCCAGCCAUGCCACCCUGGACUAGGAUUGGGUGUGGCCAUUGAAAUAUGAUCUGUUUUUAGACUGCUCCUGUGAUAAAUAUAGGUAAACAGUAAAAAUAUAUUUUGUUAUAUGA